CAAAUUUCUUACCAUAUCAUCAAAAAAAUUGAAAUGUUUUAGCCUUAGUAUUCCAAUUUGGUACAACACUAGGGAUAAAAAUUCAAAAUUAAAUCUUACGGACUCUAUUUAGCUACCGUAGAAUGAAAAACGUUUUGAACAUUUUUCUUGCGUGCCGGAGCAUACCUACGGAUUCCAGAAAACGGAAGUGUACUGCUAGGCUUAUAAAAACAAAUAGAAAAUAACAUUAUUGAAAAUCGUAUGCAAAUUCAAAACGUGCAUUUAUUCAGAUAAUACGAAUAUCAGAUGCAAAAUAAAAUUAUGUUUCCUAAAUAUGUAUUUUGUUUGAGAACUUAUUGGACACGGAGUACUAUCUGGGCGGUUAUGAUGAUGUGAUCAAAUUUGCCAGAGUCUCUAUUAUGAAGUUCAACCAUCCCAGAAAUGCCAUAUAGGAAAAUAUGUCUUCCUGAGUUUUAUACUGGUUAAAACAAGUUAAAAUACCAAUUAAAGCAUCCAACCAACUUACCAUCCAACCCAGUUCCUUUGAAAUAAACGCAAUCUACUUGUAUUUAUACAACAUCAUCACGCCUUUGGAAUACGUGCAAAACAGGCGAUUUUUAUAAAAGCCACAAAAAGAAUGAAUUAUGCCAUCAGUUUCGGGUCACCCACCGCUGAAAUUGUUCAUUUUUUGCAUAGGUCGACAAAUUCAGUUUUAAUGAACAUAAUAGUUGCCCUUUUUAUUGUCGCCAUUGCGGCAACUGCGUCGGCCGUUUACUACCCACCAUCGGUUCCCGUAGAUGUUGAGGAGUCACAUUUCGCCUACCAACUGAAGAGCUUCCGACAAGAGCUGGACGAAUGCGCGGAAUACCUUCAAGUCUCACCAGCAUCCGUUGAAAACCUCGUGGCUUAUAACUAUGUCACAGAUGAUCCCAGUUUGAAAUGUUUGAUUCGGUGUGCCGGUAUCAACGCUGGAUGGUGGAGUGUUGGAGGAAACGAUUCCGGACUGCACGGACCGGUCAUCGAAAGCUAUUUUGCCCCCGCUUGUGGCGAUACUUGUUACGUGAAGCGUACUCAGGAUUGCGUCAGUGCCAAUAUAGCCCCGUGCCAAGACGAUUGCACGCAAGCUUAUCAGGCAUUCUUGUGCUACUACCACCAAUAUGGUAACCUCAAGAGCUCCGAAGAAUACAUUCCGCUGCCACAGUUGGACGCUGUUCAAGCUGCUGUUGAUUGCAUGCUUAUUUUGCGUACACCGAAGGAAUUGCUUGAACAAUAUGCUCAGGGAGUGUUUCCGGAAGUUCCUGAAACUCAAUGUCUGUACAGAUGCCAGCAUCUGGCUGAAGGAAUUUAUGAUGGAGUUACUUUCAACUUGACUCGUAGCUAUAUUCGCGAGUAUGCUGUGCCUACGCCUCAGAUCAAGGACCCAGCAACGCGAGCUUGUGUGGAUUCCGCUCUUGGUGCCCCUAGCUGUAAUGAAUGCGCUCGGUUCUGGGCUGGGCACGCCUGCUUGAAGGAUUAUGGUGUACCAAACCAUUCGGCUGGAUACUUCCAGGUGGCUGCUGGGCUUGUUCUUGCUCAGAGAACAUGCUUAGAUGAAGACUUGAAUCCACGAUAUAAUGCAGGAGGACCCGCACCGCCAGCUCCUUCUCCAGCUCCGACGCCAGCUCCAACGCCAGCCCCAGUUCCGGCACCCACUCCUGGUUGCAUGUACAACUGUGGUUCAUAGACGUAUUGAUUUGGAAGUAAAGGUAAUCGACUGCUUACUGUUCAGACAAUAUUAUGUGGAUUAAAAAUAAAUAUCGUGUUAUGAAGCGUAAAUAAUAGUUUGAUAAUUUAAAAAAUA